UGAGACUGAGAGUGAGUGAGAUAGAGAGAGAAAAAAGGUAACAUUUUGUUGUUGUGGUGCUGCUGUUUGGGACUGGGAGAACUCAUAGGCCUUAUUUCCCUUUCUCUAGACGUCCAACAGGUUGCAAACGAAUACUUUGACUCGCGUUCGUCGCACUUUCUUCUAUCGAAGCCGACUGUUUACAUGUUACUUUUCCGAAUAUGUACUACAAGUGAUGUGACUCGUGUCGUAGGUAUUCCUCGCUCGUGUAUUUACCUGUGUGCUAAUUUAUUACUAUAUUCUAUACAUCGUGUUUGACUAAAAUUACACAUUUUACCGUAAAUUAUCGUCGGAUUUUUUUUUCUCCGCUAUUUUUUACUUAUUUUUCGUUCGCGGAUUUUCGUUUUAACGAAAGUUAAUGUGGUAAAGUGUGUCGUUUUUUUGAUAAUCGUUCGCGUGUUUAUUUUAUGGUGUGAUCGAAUUAUAUUGCGUAAUUCGAUAUACAACGAGGAGAUAAUUUAAACCGACAUGAGGAAGCCAAGUAUCCAGCAACAGAAAUGGAUACUAGCGGCAUUCUCCUUGUUACUAUGCGUCGUACAGAGAGCGACAGCAGCUGAAGAAGCAUGGAGUAAACCUGAAUCAACGGUUUCCAGCCAAGACAACAAUGGCUGGAUUCCAGUCCAAGGCAAAUGCCUGACAUGCAGACCUAAUCGCGACCUCGAUGCUCAAACCACCAACGAACAAAUCAACAAGGUGCUCAGUCCUCCAGCACCAUUGUCACAAUCAUCAAAUCCACCAUAUGGCUCAGCUGCCCCACCGUUCGGUUCAGCUGCCCCACCAUUCGGUUCAGCCUCGCCACCAUUUGGUUCUGCUGCCCCACCAUUUGGUUCAGCUGCUCCAUUACCACAACAGGGGCCAUCAUUGCCACCACAGCAGCUUCAUCAGCAACAUCAACACCAGCAGCAGCAGCAGCAUCAACAACACCAGAUACCUCAGCAACAACAUCAUCAGCUCCAGUCAACACCUUAUAAACAACCUCGCAUAUUACCUUUCGGUGGACCUAACUUCCAUCAGUUGAAUUUACCAUUUGGUCACGAGCACAAGUUCCAAAUACAGCCAACUAAACUGUUCCCCCAAGAAGGGCAGAAACAGUUUUAUCAAUUCGAAGGCAAUCAUUUCCAAAAACAACCGUUCAACUUGCCUCAGCAGCAGUUGAUUCAAGCGCCUCAGCAAAGGUUCCCAUUCCAGGAACCAUACCCGUUCACAUUGCCUUUGAAGACCAUCGAAGCUACUACUCCAAAAAUCUCUUAUAAUCCAAAAAUCAGAUUCCCAGAUAACGAUGGACCAUCACCAAAACCUGGUAAUAAGAUACCACCCCAGAAUGUAGAUGAAAUACAGCUUUUGUACGUACCUGUUGAAACUCUACAGAGGCAAAGACAUGUUAAAAAUAUGAAAGAUUUGAUCAAUCAGCAAAAUCAACAAUACCAGCAAGUUCCUCAGAAUUUCGCACCUCCUGCUUUUAACGUGCAAUAUCAACCGGCAGCGUUCCCCAAACCAGAAAACAAUCUGUAUUUCCCUCCUAGCUACGCUCCUCCUAGUAAUUUCCUUCAAUUGAAUGCUCUUCCUGCUCAAAAAUUACCCGAUAAUGUGUACCAGAAUAUUUCGAAGAAUCUGCUACAGCCUUACUUCACCAUCAAUGGAUUGUAUUCGCCUCUACCUCCUCCUCAAAUCGCUCCACUUCCAACUAAACAAUCCGAUUUGCAAUUCUACAACAUCCUGCAACCAGCUUUAAUCAACCCUCCUCAAGUACAACUUAAACCCGAACCUUCUGCUGUGCCUCCUCCACCUCCUCCUCCCACUCCUACCCAAAUCAAUCGCCAGCCGAACAAGUAUGACUUCAACAAUAAUUUCCAAGUGCAGAAUUUACAAGGAGGAUUCAUCCUGUCAAAUGGCAUCAAUGAUGUUAAGCCACAACAACCGAGCCAGUCUUUUGAAUCGUACCCGGUCACUACUCCUGAUAUUUUGAAAACCACCGAGUACAUCACUGAGAAACCAACAGUGCCUCAGACAGACUUCAAUUACAAUUAUAUUACCGGUAGUCCUCAAACCAGCGCAUCUCAGAGUCAGAACCAGUACGUACCUCAACAGCAAACUGCUCAGAGUCAACAAUACUACAAUCAACAGAAUCUCAUACCCAGGAACGUGACCAAGUCAUCAUUCACAGUCCCAUCUCCUGCACCAGUUCCUGCAUCAGCACCUUAUGACGAAAGUGAAUAUCCAGUACCACAUCAGCCUCCAUUAUCAUUCUAUAUGGAGAAAUUACACAAUACCAAGAUCAACGACGUUCUGUACUUGUUGAAAGACUCUAAAACUAUCCCAGUUUUGGAUACGGUAGAGUCAGAGCCACCUCAGGUGUUUGUUGGACCUACAGAAUUGCAACCUCCAAAAGGAUAUGUUAAAUUCGAGUUGCCAUAUUUGUCUUCUUUGGAUUACAACCGUAUUGAAAGGAUGAUCGAUAGAUUACCAUUCUUUGUAGCUCCUCUGAACUUCAAACCUCCUCCAGGGUAUUCUAAAAUACCAUUCCCUGCACCUCAUAUUGGAUCAGUGGUAUUAUCCAAUUCUACAGUGUUGCAAGAGUCAUUGAGCAAAUACGAUCAACAAAAGUAUAAACAAUCUCAGCAGUCAUUCUCAUCAUCUCCAGAAUUAUCCACCAUUACACCUCAGCUCACUUCGCAGAUCAAUUCGCUGAUUGAUGCUCCUCCUCCUUCAGUUGCUUCUGAGAUCCUCAAGACCUACGAAGAAAGUACCAAGAAACCGAUCUACAAAAACACUUAUAGACCAGCUUCAUCUUCAACCGAAGCUCCAAAAAGGAACUUGAGCAGGCAACGUAAACCAAUCUACAGAGGAUAUCCAACUACUGAAACUCCUACAACUUACGAAGCUCCCUCAACCACCGAAACACCGAAGGUAGCUCAGAAUAACAAUGAUUAUGUGGAAUUUGCUGCCAAAGGUAAAUUCAAUUUUAAUUCGGAGCCAUCGCAGAACCCUACCUAUCAACCUAAUCAAUUGGUAGAUUCGUACCAGUCGCCUCCAUCUCCAGAUAAUACUUACCAACCUCAGACUGCCGAUACCUAUCAGUCUCCUCAGGUCUCAUCCACUUACCAGCCAACUCAGCAAAGCCAAUACGAUACCAAUUUCACUACCUACGCCAGUUACCAGAACAAUGUUGUAGAUCAAACCCAAAACGAGAACUUGUUUACCAAAAAAAUAGCUUCUCAGGUUGACUACAACGGUAAUCAGAAUUACCCUUUUUAUAACUUCGAUCUCUCCAGUUCGCAAGCUCCCAGUGAACCAACCACUCAAAAUGUCACUCAGGAAGCCGCGAAUUAUAAUUUCAACAACGUCAAACCUCUAUCGCAGUACAACCACUUUCUGAAGAAGGAAGAUGUCUCACCAGUCAACAUAACCGAACCAGCCAUUAGCUCGACCAGUGACGCCAGUUACCAAUUCUGGAACCAAAAUCAAUUCUAUAAAAAUAAUCCCAAUACAUUGGACUAUUUCAGUUCCACUGUCAGUAACCAUAUCGCCGAACCAACUCCAUCCCCAACAACGACUACUGAACAACCAACCACAUCAAGCAGAUUCAUCAAAGCCACCACAGAAUCAUCUGCCAAACCGGUAGAACCCACUUUUACAUCAGAACAGCAAAAAUUAGAAUCUCAAAGCACAGUCGAAUCUUCCUCAACGACCACAGCAACUCCGAAUCAUCGUCUGCGUAAUAAACAACGUGUCCCGAAUCGUUACCAAUCCAAAUACACGACUGAGAAACACAUCGAAGAAGAAGAUCUAUCCGCAAAACCAACCUAUGACAAAGCACCUGCCCAAGAACUAGACUCGGUCCAACAAUCGACCGAAAAUAGCGAGUCUUCCACCAGGGUGGAAAUAAAACAACGUCGCAGACGUCCGACUAGACCAGCUCAAAUUGUCACUGCUGUCACCGAACCAUCUUCCAGCACCAGUCGUAGUUUCAGAACCAGAGCUACGAGAUACCCGACAGCUCCAGCUUCUUCUACUGAAAGGUAUCGUGCCCGAAGACCAACUACCAACGCUGCCACUGAAGAAUAUACCUCGAAUUACGUUCCCUCUGCUCCCGCUUCGAACGAAAUAGCCCACGAGAAAAAGCUAGACUUGGAGAAAGACCAUAAACCAGAUGCGGAUAAUUACUGGAGCGAGGCUGUUUCAAUUCAUCAAAGCCAAAGUUACGAAGUACCUCCGAGCAAAGCUUCGAAAAAUUUUACCGAUGAAGGCCCGACCGAUUAUUUACCCUGGACUGAUGUAGCUCCUAAAAAUUCCGGAAAUGAUGGAUCCUUCUACCAGUACAGUACCACCGCUGAUUCCAGGGUUUCGGAGAAUCCGGAAAAUAAAACGCAAGAUCCUACUACAGUCGAGUCGUCGCUGAACGAGAAACCGACCAGUGAUCAAGUCAGCCCUACUUUUGGCACGGUUAAUUACAGCAGUACCGACGAGCACGUGCAGCAGGAUGAUAAACAGGAGCAGGAUAUCAAAAGCGAUAAAUUUUUAACCAAGGAUGACAAUCAAAAGAAAGCGUACAGUAAUCCGCAGGACGAAAAAAAGGCUCCCGGUCGAAGACGCGGCACCUGGGUUAAGAAAAUCCGCAUCAAGCAGCGUCCCCAAGACGUAUUCGAGACAGCCGAAUCUCAAAACCUGGGUCGAAUCACCGAUAACUCAGUUUCGCUUCUCGACUCGAAAAUCCUACCAAAGACUGACGAAGGCAAAGGCUCCAUCGACGAAUCGCACGUCACCUUCUCCAAAAUCAGAUCAACCUCUACCACGACGAUCGACGACUCGUACAUCACGACGACCGAACCAACGUCGGCUGAAAUCGUAACUCUGAAACCGACGACGACUGAAAAAGACGAUUAUCAAAACCUGCAGCGAAAUUUCGAUAAAAUGCUCAGCGAUUUCCUCAACAGCAACGAUCAGUCUGUGAAAAGCGUGAAUAUCGAACGCAAUAACACAUCUUCGGCUGAAAACAACAUCGGUUAUAUUCUGGGACUAGAUUCCAGUCACCAAGAUACCGCCACUAAUAAUAGUUCCUCUAGUUAUACGAUUAGUAGUAGUAAUACAAACAAUAUCAAUAAUAAUAAUAAAAACAACAACGACGCUGUUAAUCCUACUGAAAUCACCGAUGAAGUUACGACCACGACGACGUAUCCAAAUUCGGGCGAAUUUUCCGAUAUAGGUACAACUACCGAAGACAAUUUAGAGACUUUUUUCCCAAAUAAACUCAUAGGUACCUCGACCACGACCGAGAUAUCCCUCGAGACGGAGAUUUGUUACAGAGGGAAAUGCGUGAAGACGAAAAAAAGCAAAGCUAGUGAUUUACUGCCUGUCGAGUAAGUCUUCUAGUUAGACGUUAUUUUGUGCCAAGUCAUUUUUUUUUCUUUUUAAUUUACUCUUGUAUGUAUAUUUAAUGUAAAUACGUAAUUUAAGACGUCUUGAGACUGUAUAAAACAAUUUUUUAUUUAAUAUUUUUUAAUUUAUAUUAUUUUUUUGUACAUGUUUUUCUUCCUUUUUUUUUUUUUUUUUUUUGUAAUUUUAAUUUAGAUAAUUUUUUUUCUAAUUUAUCGAAUUAUUUCGUACGAUUGAAUUUAGAAUUCGUCGCGAAUACGAAACGAUUCGAUAUGCUUUAAAAAUAAAUGCAAAGAAAGUGUUUUUUUAAGCCAGGUUUGCAUUUAUUUUUGUAGCGUGUAUAAAACUUGUUAUUGAAAAUGAAAGUUGACAUUUAUGGUGACAUUUUGUCGCUUGCGUAGAACGAGUUUUAUCCCCCAAAAAUGGUGUCCGCGAGUGCAAGUCGAGUUAUCUAUACUAUAUCUAUGAUAUAAGCCAGUUUUCUAUCGAAUAAGGUAUCAAUGGAAGGCAUCUACUUUCAUAAUAUUCGCCGGACCGAACACCGAACUCGCGAAGGCGAAUGUUUUCGUUGUAGGUAGAUUUUUCUCUCUAUUACUCUUACUCUCUCAAUUAUCGUCGAGUUAAAUACCGCGAACUAGAUGAAAUUUAACGCAUUCGUGAUUAUUCUCAUACCGAGUAUAACAAUUAAAUACUUACCCAAGUAUUAAAGGUGCUUUAGCGUUUACCUACCUAUCUGAUGAAAUUCGUGUUAAUAGGCUAAUUAGACGUAUGUUGGCAAGUCUGGUUCCGGCGUCAAAAAAAAAAAAAAAUACGUGAGAGUAAUUAUCUUUUUAUUGGUUCGUAUCUGUUUAAAGCGAACUGAUAUUUAAAGUAUUUAAUUUAUAUUUCCUGGCUUUUUUUUUCUUCAAUGAGCUCGAACACGUUUGAAUUUUCCUUCGAUGUGAAAAUGAAUAACGCGAGUUGAGAAUUAUUAAUUCUAAUGAUUUUUUUUUUUUUGAAAAAUGUACAGUAAGAUACCUACCUGAAUACAUAUUUGAUGUAUGGAUUAACUGGCAAAAAUAUCUUAUUUAGGAUGUAGUCACUCUGAUUUUUAUUUAAUUUAUUUAUACGUGUAUCUGCAUAAUACAUUGUAACUGUCUUGUAGCUCAAAAUGUUAUUUUAACUGUAAUGACCAAAAUGUAAAUAAAUAGUUCUUUUAAUUUGA